AAAUAAUUUGAACAUUAAUUGUAAAAUGUUCUCCGUUAUGACUCACGGUGUCGCUGUUGUUCAACAAAGCCAUAGAUAUCUUGGGGUGGCUACAGUAUAAGGCAAACAUGAGCAGCAUCGCUGAUCUUCAAACAACUGUUCUUUCACAUAUGACUUAGAUAUGACGUGUAGAUCAUUGGAUUUGCGUGGAGCUGUUGACCACGCCCAUUUUCCUUUUAACUCUAUUCAGGAUCCCACUUUGCUGACGCUUUACAUCCCUUUACAUUUACCAACAACGCUGCCUUAUAUUUUGUCUGUGCAUCUCAUGUAGUGCUUGUCUGGAACUCUUUAUCUGAUUUUGCUGUGAACGUACGUUUGGAAAUGGCGUUAAAUGGAUUUCUGGAUUUGAUGUUGAUGCCUUGCCUUUGUCUUUUAAUGCUCGUUGUACGCGACUCACAAGGAGACGUAAGCUACUCUUUUCCAGAGGAGAUGGAACGCGGAUCUGUGAUUGGAAAUGUAGCCAAGGACCUCGGAAUUGAUGUGAAGAGACUGGCAGCUCGUAAGGCUCGGAUUGAUACUGAAGGUAGAGGAAAACGCUACUGCGACAUUAAUGUGAAUACUGGAGAACUGACUGUAGCAGAAAGAAUUGACAGAGAGGAAAUAUGUGGGGACGAGCUUUCGUGUGUUUUGAAAUUUGAUUUAAUAUUAGAGCAGCCUUUAGAGCUACAUCGUGUUUCAGUACAAAUCGAUGAUAUUAAUGACAAUGCGCCAGUGUUUUCAAAGAACGCAAUGAUAUUUGAAAUUCAUGAAACAGCUGUUAAAGGCGCACGGUACCGUGUGAACGAGGCUCAAGACGCAGACAUAGGGCAGAAUACCGUGCGGGGCUACAUGCUGGAGAAAAACGAACACUUUUCUCUGGCUGUCAAUUCGAAUACCUAUGGUAGAAAAUAUGUCGAAUUGGUAUUAGACAAAGAGCUAGACCGUGAGCAAGAAAAAGAGAUCAAAUUAAUUCUGACAGCAGUAGAUGGUGGUACUCCACCGAGAUCCGGUACUGUGACAAUACAUGUCAAUGUGCUGGAUGCUAAUGAUAAUGCUCCUGUAUUUAGUCAGACCGAUUACAUGGUAACUCUGCCUGAAAAUUCGCCAUUAGGUACUAUAGUAGUUACAGUAAGCGCUACUGAUGCAGAUGAAGGACUGAACGGAAAAGUGACAUAUGAAUUUGGUCGUAUAUCUGUUAAAGCCCAAAAAAUAUUCUCUCUGGAUCAAGAUAAUGGUCAGAUUAGAGUCACUGGACACAUUGAUUUUGAGGAGUCAUCGGUAUAUGAACUUAGUGUUGAAGCAAGAGAUGAGUUCAGUCUCUCUUCUGAAGCAAAUGUUGUGAUAAAAAUUCUAGAUAUUAAUGACAACCCUCCUGAAAUAUAUUUGAAGUCACUGCAUACACCAGUCCCUGAGAGUUUGUCUCCAGGUACAGAGGUGGGCAUCAUUAAUGUACAGGACAAAGACACUGAGAAUAACGGACAGAUUCGACUGUCCAUUCAGCAAAAUGUUCCUUUUAAACUCGUUCCAUCUCUAAAAAGCUACUAUUCUCUAGUUGUAGAAGGUGAGCUAGAUCGAGAGCUCGUUUCUGAUUAUAACAUUACAGUGACUGCUACCGAUGAAGGUUCUCCACCUUUAUCCUCCUCUAAAACUAUUCACCUUUCAGUAGCUGAUGUAAAUGAUAAUCAUCCUGUAUUUGAGGAGAAAUUUUACAAUGCUUAUUUAAAAGAAAAUAACAAACCAGGCUCCUCUGUUUGUAAAGUAGCAGCAACAGACUCAGACUGGAGACAAAAUGGUACUAUAGUUUACUCUAUUUUGCCUGCUGAUGUUAACGGAUCCCCAGUGACCUCUUUUCUAUCAAUUAAUGGAGACACUGGUGUUAUCCAUGCAGUGAGAUCUUUUGAUUAUGAGCAGUUUAAAAGUUUUAAAGUGCUUGUCUUAGCCAGAGACAACGGUUCUCCUCCACUCAGUAGUAACGUGACUGUAAAUGUCUUCAUAAAUGAUGAGAAUGAUAACUCCCCACAAAUAUUAUACCCUUCUCUUGAAGGAAAUACUUUUAUGACUGAGAUGGUGCCCAAAGCAACUCAGUCAGGCUCUCUGGUAUCCAAGGUGAUCGCAGUGGAUGCAGACUCUGGUCAAAACGCUUGGCUCUCUUACCACAUAGUGAAAGCAACUGAUUCUGGACUAUUCAGUAUUGGAGAACACAGUGGAGAAAUUAGACUCCAAAGGGACAUUUUAGAAACCAUUAACAUAAAGCAGAAUCUAAUUGUUUUGGUAAAAGAUAAUGGAGAGCCUUCACUCUCUGCCACAUGUUCACUAUAUUUACUAAUUUCUGAUAACUUGGCUGAAGUACCAGAACUGAAAGACAUGUCUUUUGAGGAGGGCAACUCCAAACUCACUUUUUAUUUGAUCAUCGCGCUGGUGUCCAUCUCCACUUUCUUCCUCACCUUCAUCAUCAUCAUCCUGGCUGUGAGGUUUUGUCACAGGAGAAAGCCCAGACUUUUAUUUGAUGGAGCUGUGGCCAUUCCCAGCGCGUAUCUCCCUCCAAAUUACGCAGAGGUGGAUGGAGCAGGAACUCUCCGCAGCACCUACAAUUAUGAUGCCUAUUUGACUACAGGAUCACGAACAAGUGAUUUCAAGUUUGUCACAUCUUAUAGUGAUGGUACUUUGCCUGCUGACCUGACACUGAAAAAAGUCUGCUCAUCUAUGGAUGAUCUUGACGGACUUGAUGAUGAAUCCAAAGGUCUUUCAGAGACACCUUACUCAGACAGAAGAACAUCCUGGAUGAAUCAGACUCACCAAUCGAGGUUAGUUAAGUAUUUUAUUUUACUACACAUAUAAUAUUGCUAUUCUUUUAUACUUUUAUAUCGUUUAAGUGUAGUCGAUUUCUGGUUUGUUAU